CGUUCUCGUAGUAUGCUAGCGCGAGGUUGCGAUCCAGGCUUAGUAGUGAGCGGCGUGCGCAGGGCUCCACACUAGCUGAACAAUACAGUUGCAAAAUGGCAAAAGGUGAUCCGAAGAAGCCGAAAGGCAAGAUGUCUGCUUAUGCCUACUUUGUGCAGACAUGUCGUGAGGAGCACAAGAAGAAGAACCCUGAAAUUCCUGUCAACUUUGCAGAGUUCUCCAAGAAAUGCUCAGAGAGAUGGAAGAUAAUGUCAGCCAAGGAAAAAUGCAAAUUUGAGGAUCUGGCAAAACAAGAUAAAGUGCGAUAUGACCGGGAGAUGAAAGACUUUGGACCUGUCAAGGGAAGCAAGAAGAAGAAGGAUCCUAAUGCUCCUAAAAGACCACCAUCUGGAUUUUUCCUGUUCUGCUCAGAAUUCCGUCCUAAAAUAAAAUCCACAAAUCCUGGCAUCUCUAUUGGUGAUGUAGCAAAAAAACUGGGUGAGAUGUGGAAUAACUUGAGUGACAGUGAGAAGCAGCCCUACAAUAAUAAGGCUGCUAAACUGAAGGAAAAGUAUGAGAAGGAUGUUGCGGACUACAAGUCCAAAGGUAAAGUUGAUUGCCCUAAGGUUGCUCCUAAAGUUGCCCGGAAAAAGGUUGAGGAAGAUGAUGACGACGAUGAUGAAGAGGAUGAGGAAGAUGAAGAGGAGGAAGAUGAUGAUGAAUAAAGAAGUUGUAUAUUCUGUCCAUGUGAAUACCAUAGAGUAGGGGAACCGCCAUCUGUUGCUGUCUUACAUGAUGGUCAACUGCCCUCAUUAGGUUUAAUUGCAAAAUUGGGUUCUGAUCAUAGUUUCAACAAAAAAAAGCUCAUGGAGUUGCAACAGGUUUACAUUAUGUAGCCAUGUCUUUAAAACGAGCAAUCUGAAACUGUAUCAAAGUUGUAUAUAUUUCCAAACAUUUUUAAAAAUGAAAAGGCGCUAUAGUGUUCUCCUUACUCUGUGCACUUUGCUGUUGGUGUAACAAAGCAUUUAAAAAUGUUUCAAGCAUUUUUUUUUAUUUAAGGUGUUACUAAAUGUUUUUUUGAUUUAGAAAAUCCUGGGUUCUAAACUGUACAUAUCUAAUCUGUAAACUAGACCAGUUCCUAAUGGUGCAUAUUUUUGGAGUGGUUGGUACUUCAGGGUUUAAACUUUCCUGGAUUUUAACACCUUCCUAGGGUUUGCCUUUGAGGCCCAAAGCAUGCACGUUGAGAUCAAUUUUUACACUACAUUAGGCGUCAGUUUAGCUCUUUUCUUUUUUCCUUUCUGUAUAUAGUGAAAUAGCAUUCUGCCAUUGGUUGUCAAAGGGGUUCAGCUGGCAUGAGAAACAUGGAUUUUUUUUUUUUAAUAAAAAAAAUAGUUAAGUGCGGUAGUUUUUAAACUAAGACUGUAUUCAUGUCUUCCCUGAAUAAAGUGAAGAUUGAGUACAGUAUCUGGAAGUUCAAAAACAUUCUGUACAUUUACCUUACUUGCAUUGUUUUUUUUGUUCUGUUUUAUUUUUUGUCUAGAAUGCUGAAAUGUUUUUGAAGCAAAAUAAAACAGUAUUACAUUUUUAAGACUGUUCUUGACAAGAUUCUAACUGACAUGUUGGUUUUACUGUAAACUAGUCACAGGUUGUCUUGCUGUAUCUGAAGGCUGCUGUUUACUUGGCACAUAAAGCUGGUUUAUUGUAUUGCUUUUAUUUAGCAGCACCAAUUAAAAAAAAAAUAAAAAAAAUCACCAGAUGCAAACUUGCAAAAUAAGUAAUGACUCGCUCUACCAGUUAGAGUUUUUGCAACUCUAAAUAUAAUCUGGCCACUGCCCGAAAAGUUUGCAUAGUUAACUGUGCCUUACACUUUCCCUUAAAGUGUAUCCACAAGAUUGGAAGUUUAUACUAGUCUGGCUAGUAAGUCUUAUUGCUUAUAUGAUUGUUUGGACUAGUAACCACCACCCAACUUUUUGUUUUCUACAAAAAUCUUUUAUCACUUCAGUUUAUUUACAACCUCUUUUGUGGCCCAUGCUACAGGUUUCAUAUUGUAUUCUCCUGUUUUUCAGAAUUGUUUUGGAACUGUUACAGUAUAUACAUGUAAAACUUUUCAUAGUUUAAAUAUGGAAUAUUAAAACAACUUUAACUCCAGGUAAAGGUUUGCUAUAACUAAUCUUUUGUAUUUGGAGUACUUGUUUCCUUAUUUAAAGACUACAAAAAUAAACUAGUCCUAUUCUGAGCAUUUGGUAUCUUGCUGUUCUAAGGCAGUAUGUGGCAUAGUCAAGACAAUAAUUCCGAAUAAUUUGUUAAACCACCACAGCAUCUUGAAGGCAGAUAUCCACUUUCCGUAAAGCCCUAGUGUCUUGUUUAAUGCUAUAGUGAUGGUACUCUAUUAAUGCAGUGCCAUUUCAGCCUCUUAUCAAAUUAUUACUGACUAUUCAGGGAACAUUACAACGGAUAUAAUAUAUUUGAUGGUUUUUAAGUCUGAACAGCUUAACCAUAUUAUCUAUCUGUGGCAUAACUUGGAACAGCAAGAUGAUUGACUGCGCUCCUACUUGCCAAUACUGUGUAACACACAAUGGGGUGUAUUAAAGACACUAGUGUAGAUCACGGUUCAGAAUUUCCACUCUCCAUUGGUGAGUGAAAAUCUAUUCCUUGUGGGUGUGACAUGGUUUCUCAAGGCUUGCAGUGGUGCCCAAAAGGUAGAUCCCCAGAUGUAGAACUAAAACUUCCAUGAUUCUUUGCAUGUCUUUAGAAUGACCGAGCAUCAUGGAAGCUGACUCUUUAAAACUUCUGGGGAUAUACCUUUUGGGUACCCCCUGGGUAGUAGCGUUGGCUUAGACAUUUUAAGAUCUGGUGUAGAUGAAAUGAUAAACCCUAGAGUACAUGAGACAAAGUCCUGAUCUCCUAUCCAGGCCUGACAACUUACUUUGCCUCGCAAAUCAUUUCGUUUAACAUGACACCCCUUCAUUGUCUUGAGUCCCUGUGAGUGUAUGGAUGUAUUUGUUUUGACUUGCAGAGACGUAAGGGUGUUUGUGCUCUGCUCAGUGCAACCAACAAUAAGUUUCCAGAGCUCCCUAUUCACUAGACCUGCUUUGUGUUAUAACAUGCUGCAAUUUCACCCAGGAUCAAUUAUUUCUCCCCCUCUGGGCAUCUACCUCCCACUUGUCCCAAUCUAUUUUUGAUCAUUCUUGAUUUUUCAAACCAAAUCCUUAACUGUAAUUUAUGCAAGGUUACGCCCUUGUUUGAAAUUUGUUUCACCCUAUCUAAAACUGUGUUGUAGUAAACCUUGCUGUGGUUUACACUCCCAUCCUUUAA